UCUCUCCUCUCCGGCUGGCAAGAUGUGGUCCACGCUGUUGCUCCUUCUUCUCGCUUUGAUUCACGUGUCGGUGCAGGGGCCCCACCAGAGGCACCUCCUGAAGAACCUGCUGAAGGACUACAACCGCAUGGAGAGGCCGGUGGGCAACGACUCCCACUCGCUGACGGUGGUCUUCAGCCUCAGCCUGAUCCAGAUCAUGGACGUGGAUGAGAAGAACCAGGUGCUGACGACCAACAUCUGGCUGAGGAUGGGCUGGUUCGACCACUAUCUCCAGUGGAACCAAACCGAAUACCCUGGGGUGAAAAACCUCCGCUUCACCACCGACCAGGUGUGGACACCUGAUAUCCUGCUGUACAACAGUGCAGAUGAUGACUUUGACUCUACCUUUAAGACCAACGUCCUGGUCAACUCCAGUGGCUACGCCGAGUACCUCCCACCGGGAAUCUUCAUGAGCACGUGCAACGUGGACGUGCGCUGGUUUCCGUUUGACAUGCAGAAGUGCGAGCUCAAGUUCGGCUCGUGGACGUACGACGGCUGGCUGCUGGACCUCCAGAUGAACGAGGCCGACAUCUCGGGCUACAUGCCCAACGGAGAGUGGGACCUCGUGGGGGUACCGGGCACCCGCAGCGAGGCCUUCUACGACUGCUGCAAGGAGCCCUACCCGGACGUCACCUUCGUGGUGACCAUGCGGCGGCGGACACUGUACUACGCCCUCAACCUGCUGAUCCCCUGCGUGCUGCUGUCCUCCAUGACCCUGCUGGUCUUUGUGCUGCCCGCCGACUCCGGAGAGAAGAUCUCCCUGGGUAUCACUGUGUUGCUGUCUCUAACGGUCUUCAUGUUGCUCGUGGCAGAGAUCAUGCCGGCCACAUCCGACUCGAUUCCUCUAAUAGGGCAGUACUUUGCGAGCAUCAUGAUCAUCGUUGGGGCGUCGGUCGUGGCCACGGUGGUGGUGCUGCAGUACCACCACCACGACCCCAACGGAGGCACCAUGCCUAAAUGGAUGCAGCUGGUGCUGCUGCAGUGGGUGGCGUGGUUCCUGCGGAUGAAGCGCCCGGGCGAGAGCGAGGACCCCGAGAGGCCCCCCUGCGCCCCCCACCUGCGGCGCUGCUCCUCGGGCUCCCAGACCAACAGCCUGCCCAACGCCCCGGAGCCCUCCAGCGCCAACAACAACGGCGGCCUGCUGUACAUGGGCUUCCAGAGCCUGGACGACGUGGGCUGUCCCAGCACCGUCUCCAGCGGCGGGGGCUUCGGGGGCGCGGGGGGCUGCCCGGCGCUGGGCGUGGGGGGCAUGGGGGACCCCCAGCUGCAGGCGCUGCUGGAGGAGGUGCGCUACCUGGCGGACCGCUUCCGGGAGCAGGACGAGGCGGCGGGCACGGCCGACCAGUGGAAGUUUGCGGGCGCGGUGAUCGACCGGCUGUGCCUGGUGGCGUUCAGCGUGUUCAACAUCAUCUGCACCAUCUCCAUCCUCAUGUCGGCGCCCAACUUUGUGGAGGCCGUCUCGAAGGACUUCAUCUGA